AGCAUUCCGGAAGUUUCUAUAGAAAGAUGGCGUCUGAAAAAACGACAAAGAAUAUUUAUGCGGUGUUUUUGCCCGAAUUUAUGGACUAAGGGUGUACAUUUAUUAGACCAGUUAGAUUAUUUAUUUAACGGCAGCAAAAAAUGUCGAACGACUUGUGCGUUUGCUGCCAAAAAACUAUAAAUUCAUGUAGAAUACAUUGCACAGAAUGUACCACUGUAUCAGUUGAUUUGUGUGUUCAGUGCUUUGCAUGCGGAGCGGAAGUUGGGCCACAUAAGAGAGAUCAUAGUUAUGAAAUAUUGGAUAGUGGACACUUUUGCUUAUUCGAUGAAAGAUCAGAUUCUUCUUGGAAACUAAAUGAAGAAUGCCUUCUACUCGAUGCAGUAGAGCAAUUUGGUUUUGGAAAUUGGGAGGAUGUAAGCAAUCAUGUUCGAACAAGGUCGGCAGAAGAUUGUCAAAUACAUUACUACACAUAUUUCAUACAAGGACGAAUUGGGCCAAAAACUGUUCCUAGGGACUUGCCAGAUAACAUAAUCGACCAUACCGGAACUUGUAAUGGUGAUUUAAGUCCUUCACUCCCCGUUACUGCUCCUAUUAUAGAGUUAACUUCUCAAGAACAACGGGAGUUUGGAUACCUACCUCUUAGAGAUGACUUUGAAAUAGAAUAUGAUAAUGAUGCUGAGAAAACUGUUUCUGAUCUAACCCUGAAUUACCAUGAAGAUGAUGAAACAGACCUAGACAUCAAAUUACUACAAAUUGAAGCCUUUAGAGAGCGCCUCGAGGAAAGGGAGAAAAGAAAACACGUGGCUCGAGUCCACAAUAUCAUAUCUUCCUUACUACCGUCCGACAAAAAAUUCAAAACCGAUCGUUCAAACUCUAAAAGAAAAAGCUUUCUGAAAAAUGAAAAGGGCGAAAUUGAUUGCGAAAUAAGUGAAAAAUUUCGCAAUUUUGCACAAUUCCAUAAUGAAGCUGAACUUAGUGAUUACGUUCUUAAUUUAAAAAAAAUAAAACAGUUGAAACAACGAAUCAAAGAACUUCAACGCUAUAGACGAAAUGGUAUUCAAAAAUUUUCCGAGUGCUCUAAAUUUAACAGUGAACGAUUAAAAAAUGAUAAACGAAAUCAACAGAAACGUAAAUUGUUAUUCUCAUGUAAAAGUGCAAAACAAGAGAAGAGAAACGAUAGAGACUGUUUCGAAUCUGGUCGUGACGUAACGAACGGUCGAGUUGAUAGUGACCGUUUACAGGCGGAAAUAUUGUCUGACAGUGAAAAAAAGUUAUGCAAUUCAAUUGACAUGAAACCGAAUACGUAUUUGACCAUCAAAACUUGCAUAAUCAAGGAUUAUUUACAAAGAAGACAAGGAUUGCCUGUAAAGAUGAGGUACCCCAGCCAUUUAGACAAGGCUCACCGUCGGAAAAUACUGACAUUCCUUACUCAUAAUGGUUGGAUCGGAAGUGUUUAG